ACCAAAUAUAUUUUUUUCACUAUAAAUCCAUCAAAGCAAUUGAAAAUAAAGACGGGUAGAGUUCAGAAGCGACUGUUUGAAAAAUUAUAAUGUGUUAUCGUUGGGGGAGGGGCGUUCAUUAACAAUUGAUUCAAAUCGGAUGAAAUUAGAUGAAAUUGAAGCUGCAGCCCUCCCGCUGUUGUUGCACUACAACUCCCAUUAACUGUCGGGGGUUAUGUUGCCGGUGAAUAUGAGCAGGAGGGCCGCAGGUGGGCAGAGAAGUGUAACAGCAUCUGAAUGGGAUUAUAGUAAGUGAAGGUGCCCUUGUUUUCUCUCACUGUGUCCUUCUCUUUCACUUGCCAGGAGCAGCGAUCCAGUAGAAGCGAUUUUCAGACCGACCACUGAGAAUCGUGGAAUAAAAGCUCAUCAUCCCCGACCCCUCGUGUUUUGUGUACUGCGUGGAGUCCUGAGUUCCGUGGGAGUGGGUGGCAGGAGGGAGUGGGUGUGGGAUGCCCCCUUUUUAUCUGCUCUGAUUCCCCUGACUCGGGACCACCAGGCCAUUAUAAGGGCAACCCUGGGACCUGAUUCCUCAGCUCUGAGAGGUGCCACAUUUCUGCCACUGGGAACUACACGGACACUGUGGGAAUGCAAAAGUCACUUUUCUAUGACAACCCUGUUUCUUUUGGGGGCUGUGGCUUCCAGCAGGGCAGCAUUGGCAUGGGCUAUCUCGGGCAGCAGGACUUCCCCAGUCACAACGACUACCAGCCCCCCUUCUGCUUGGCCCCGGACUCCCUAGCCAAUGACUCAGCUAGCCACAAAGGCGAACACUCAAUCAAGGCCAUUGACUUCCAUUUGUCUGAUGUGUCAGAACAAGCCCAGCAACCCCAGUCCCCAAACUCAGAUUCCCCAUUGCCCAAAUCAGCUUCAACCCAGAGCUGCAUAUCUAACAAGCCCACUGGGUCACUGGCCUCUUCUGACGUCACUAGCCCCGACAAGAAGUGUAAAGUCCCCAACAACGUGCCCAAACAGAUCUUCCCAUGGAUGAAGGAAACCCGGCAGAGCUCUAAGCAGAAGAAGAAAGCCCCUCCCCCUGCAGAAGAUGCCCCAUCCAUGGACAGCAGCUUCCUGAGCUCAGCCUCCAAGAGAGCCCGCACUGCUUACACCAACUCCCAGCUGGUGGAACUGGAGAAGGAAUUCCACUUUAAUCGCUACCUCUGCCGCCCAAGGAGGCUGGAAAUGGCCAAACUGCUCAAUUUAUCCGAGAGGCAGAUCAAGAUCUGGUUCCAGAACAGGAGAAUGAAAUUCAAGAAGGACCACAAGGGCAAAGGGGGAGGUGGAUCUCCUGGAAGUCUGUCCCCAAGCAGUAGCCCCUCUCUCCUGCCCUACAGCAGCAGCGGCCUGCCCUUUGAUGGUGACUGUGCCUAUGAGGUGCCCAUGGCUACUACUGGCUCUUACAAUAAAAACCCCGGGAACAUGUAUGGUCUAACUGCUUAUUCUGCACCUCUGUUUGAGAGCCCUUCAACCCAAAAAAGAUACGGCCUUCAGGCCCUGGCCCUUGAGUAUGAGCCUCACUCUAUGCAAGGGGACAAUAACUAUGAUACCUCUGGCUACCUGGGCAAUUACAUGGAAAAUGGAUCUGAGAGCUGCUCCAUGUUUAGCCUCACACAGCCUUCCUCAGAGAGCAUGGACUACACCUGCGCAGCGCAAACUCCCAGCAAACUCCACCUUGGCCCCUGUGAUCCGCACCCCACCUACACAGACCUACACAUACAUAAUGUGCCUCAGGCUUGUUCCCAUGAGCCCCCAGUGCUGACACAUCUGUAACACUGGGAAGCCUUUGAAGAAGAGCAAUUUGCCCCUGCUGCACCAUUAUAUCAUCAAACAUGCCCUGUACAUGUACAGGCGCAAACCCCCCCCCCCCAUGCAAUUUCUAUGUAUUUAUUGAGCUAUGCACAAAGCCAGACUAUGCAUGGAUCUCCUCACAUAAGCAAACAAUUACAUGCCAUUUCCACAGAACCUCUCCCCCAAUAGAAUUCAACUCAACUUAUUGCCCUCUGCACUGAGCGCUAACGACUUUGUGCAACUGGAAUAUGCCUUGCGUCAAAUUCUCCGAAAAAAAAAGAGCAAUUUGCGCCGAUUUCACUUUCCAGCCCUGUUUGGGCUCUCUUGGUUUUUUUUUUUUUUUUUUUGUAACUCCUGUAACUUCUUUGAACCUGUAGGGGGAAAAAAAACUAUAUUUAUAUGACUUCGCGUUAAAUUUGUGAAAUAUUUUUCCAUGUUUUAAUAAUGUAUUUUUGCUUUCUGAAUUUUUUAGCCUUAUUUAUUUCUAUAGAUUUUUUUUAUAUUGUUUCAACACGGUUUGUCCUUUAGCAAUUUAUCAGACGUCUUUUAAGUAGAUUUUGAUGAAAGAGUUGAUAGAAAUAAAGUAAAAAUAAUAAAAAAAAAUUCGACUCAAAAUAUUAUUUGUAAAUAAAGUGUUUGGAUUUUUGAGAUUCUUAAGGCAAAGAGCAAAUGGCUUAUUUGAGUUACACAAAUCUCCUCG